GCACCACUACCGGCAUCAGUAGAACACGUCCCGCGCUUCGUCGACUUGUUAGCGCUCCGCGUGUUCCACCAUACCUCGUACCACAUAUCUAUCCUCUCCUACCCCAAAUACCUCCCGAUUCCAUCUUUCUUUCUCCUUUUCUACAUCUUUCAAUUUUUCAACGCAUCCGGUAUCGCGACCAAGCCACGAUUUCUCACCAACUCAACCUCGACGACGCUUGCUUCUUCGACUUCUAUUUUCUCCAUCCCAUCGUCUUGUCGCCCGCCAUCGACACGUAAGCUCAGCCGGGCAGACGAUCUGUCUGCAUCGCGGCCAGCUAUGAAUAAUCCAAACAUGCCCAACAUGAACGCCAUGGGCGGCCCGGUUGGCGCUCCCAUGCCCAUGAUGAAUAAUGGGGCCGUCGCUCCCCAGGGCGGUGUUCCUGGCCCUCGGCAAACGCAAAUGCCUACGGAGAGCCAGCGCACGCUCCUAAACACCUAUAUCUACGAAUAUUUCAUCCGCAACAAUAUGUUCGACUGUGCGCGGUCGCUACUCAAUAGCGACCAGCAGGUCAACGUUCUUAAAGAAGGCCUCAAUCGCCGCCGCGAUGAGAAUGGGAACUUGCUGGGAAAUGGCCUUGGCGACGACGCCAUGGACACCGACAAUAAAGACGACGUCGACACCAAACUCCCUGAUGACCUGCCUGCCCCCAAGCUGCCGAUGCCCGCUUCCGAGACCUCCUUUCUCUACGAAUGGUUCUGCUUGUUCUGGGACAUCUUCCAUGCACAACGCGCCAAAGGUGGUAAUGGUCCGGUUGCCCAGUAUGUUAGCCACACCCAGCAUCAAUCACGGCUCCGCCAAAAUCAGCAGGAGAUGUUGCGACAAAUGCGUCCCGAGGGCCUCACUCCACAGCAAUAUCAGAACCACAUGAUGAGGAGCAUGCAAGCUGGUGGCAUGGGGAUGAACAUGAAGCAAGGUAAUCUUGCACGGACAGCCAUGGCCAACAAUCAGAAUAAUCCCCAAGCCAUGCAGAUGCUCCACCAGGCCAAGCAGAACCAAAUGCAGAGAGACCCCUCGGACAUGGACGGAAACCGCCAGCGGCCGGCAUCGCCUGGAUCUUCUGAAAAUGCCCCUUCCCCAUCCAAGCGGCCUCGUCUAGACGGCGCUCCCUUCAAUCCCAACCAGCCUGGGAUGAUGCCGAACGGUCGACCGCAGCAGGGCGUGCCAGGCCAGCAGCAGGUGGGGAAUGCUCCCAAUGCAGCCCAAGCCACGCAGAUGCUUCUCACAAACGGUAUUAACCCAGCACAGCUGACCCCUCAACAGUUCAGCACGUUUUCCAACCAACCACCUGCUGUUCAGGCAAAGUCCAUUGCCACCUACGCUGCCAAUCUGCAUCAGCAGCAGGCCAACCAAAUGCCGAACAAGCCCAUGCCUAAUGUCCCUGGUCCUCAAGCUCAGUGUUCACCAAUGGUGCCACAGAACCCCGAACAGGCCGCCGCACUGACGGCAUUUUAUAAUCCGGGGGAAAUGGGACCGGGUGGCAUGCGACCCGUUCCGGGCGGACCCCAAGCUGGCGGUGGAAGUAACCACGCUCUGCAAGACUAUCAAAUGCAGCUAAUGCUUCUUGAACAACAGAAUAAGAAGCGACUCCUCAUGGCUCGUCAAGAGCAAGACAACAUGGGUGGCAUUCCUAGGGGAGACGGUCCGGCAGGUCCCGGCGGUCCCGGAGCCCCGCCCGGUCCGAACGGUCAAGCCUUCCCGGAGACGUCGCCUCAAGGUGCCAGAGCCGGCGCCUCCCCGAACCCAGCCGACCAAAUGAAACGGGGUACCCCGCAGAUGAACAACGCCGGGAUCCCGUCGCCGCUGCCUGAGGGGGCCCAGUCGCGUGGCUCGCCGAAUCCGAUGAACUUCAUGCCCAACACCAUGGAUCCGAACAUGGCACCCAGCUUUUUCAAUAAGGACAUGCAGAACGUGGGCGGGAAUAUGGUUCCGAAUCCCCACAUGAACGGCAUGCGCCCGCCUAGCUCCCACCCUGGUCAACAACCCUUCAACGGUCAGAUGAACCCUCAGCAGAUGAUGGCUGCCAGGCAGCAGCAACAACAGCAGCAACAACAGCAGCAGCAGCAGCAGCAGGCCGGCAACCCCCCUAUGCAGUGGCAACAAGGCCCUAACGGACAAAUGGUUCCCACAGGCCCUCAAGGUCCUGGUGUUCAGGGCACUCCUCAGCAACGUGCCAUGCCGCCACCGUCGGCUCCUGGCCCUGCCAACGCCAACAGGACCAGUACAUCCUCGCCCCAGCAGCCUGCCGCGCCGCCGACCCCUUCGCAGGCUAACAAGCCAGCGCCAAAAAAGAAGGACACGAAGGCUGCCAAGAAUAAGGCUGCAACGCAGAAGAAGGCUAAUCCGAACUUGAAUUCGGGAGCCACGCCUGCAGGGGAGAAUAACCAAGACGGCGAGGCACCCGCCCCGGCCACGCCUAUGACACCAGUCAACGCGAACGCUCCAGGUUUCAACAAGUCGAGCCAAAAUCAGGGUGCCUCGGCUGGCGGUGGUGGAACUGGCACUUCCGGGCCUGGCGGUGCUGCUGGCGGUGCUCCUGGCGGCGGAGCUGGUGGCAACGCUGGGGCGGCCGGUAACGGCACCGCGCCGAACGGGCAAGGAGCUGCUGGGCAGGCACCUGCGCCAGCGACCUCCGUCGCUAGUCAGCCGCAACCCGACGCACAAAACGGCUCCUUCGGCAUGGACAGCUCGGCUGACAUGAUGAGCUUCAGCGGGAUGGACUUCACCAAUCCGCUGGUCUCUAAUGACGUCUUGAACGAUUUCGACUUUGAUUCAUUCCUUCACGAGGACGGGGACAACCAGGGCUUUGAUUUCAACGCCGGAUCGUUCGGGAUGGAAGGAACCGGCGAGAUAAGCGCGGACUGAUUCACCAUCGACCCGGACGUCUGCGAGAGUCUUACGGGACUUCGUCAUCAAUGUUGAAACCCACGACUCUUUACACCGACGUGGGCUGUGAUACUACUCUGCUCGUCUCAUCACACGAGGGGCUUACACCGGCCCAGUCCGGUGAUGCUGCUUUAGCAUAAGGAAAGGGCGCAAAUCACUUUUUUUUCUGAUCGGGGCUAAACGCAUUUUUGCCUCUCCCGCUGCUUCACGAAGCACAUUCUGAGUACCAGACUCUGGUACACCGUCUUAAUCGCCUUGCGGGUCUUAUCAGGAGGCGCAAG